AUUAAUUCAUUCAGAGAAUGAUACCAAAGUUUAUUCGUACAAUGAUAUUAUUUGAACUUUGGCCGUUAUCUGUUAUAAACUGAUUGUAUGAUGCGUUAGAAAUAAACAAACCAUUCCAGAAACGAAAUGGCCAAUACAGGAAAAUUGAAUGGCAAAACUCUUUUUAUUACCGGUGCAAGUAGGGGGAUUGGAAAGGCAAUUGCCAUCAAAGCCGCCCGAGAUGGCGCGAACGUCGUUGUCGCGGCAAAAACUGCUGAACCACACCCGAAGUUACCUGGAACUAUUUACGAUGCGAUCAAGGAAAGUAAGUAACUACAACUUGGAGUUAAAAACUAUGUCAAUUUCAGUUGAGGAGGUUGGCGGUAAGGGUUUAGCAUGCGUUGUGGACGUACGAAACGAAUCCCAAGUGGCUCAAGCUGUUCAGAGGGCCGUUGAGGAAUACGGAGGUAUCGAUAUACUGAUUAAUAACGCAUCUGCCAUCGCUUUGACCAACACCGAAAGCACCGAGAUGAAACGUUUUGAUUUGAUGCAUAGCAUUAACGUUCGUGGAACGUUUCUGGUGUCAAAAUUGUGUUUGCCUCACCUGAAGAAGAGUUCGCAUGCGCACAUUUUGAACAUAUCCCCACCACUCAACUUGGUUCCCGGUUGGUUUGGUCCACACGUGGCAUAUACCAUGUCCAAGUAUGGCAUGUCAAUGUGUGUGCUGGGGAUGCAAGAGGAGUUCAAACCGUUCAACAUUGCUGUAAACGCACUGUGGCCCCGAACAACCAUCGACACGGCCGCGCUUCAAAUUCAUCCCACUGGCGAAGACAGAAGAAGACGUGGACGUAAUGCGACAAUAUUAGCGGAUGCAGCUUACUGGAUUUUGACUCAGGAACCGAAGCCCAACGGCCAAUUCUUCAUUGACGAGGAGGUCUUGUUUAAAGCGGGAGUCACAGAGUUAGAUCAGUACGCUGUAAAUCGUAGCUAUAAAGAUAAUCUUCAACAAUGUAUUUUUGCACCAGCACCUGCAGCUGGCGGGGAUGUCAUUGAUAGAAUCAGGUGCAGGUUGUGAGUUUGGGGGUAUAAAAAUACAGAACAUUCCCUCAC